AGGAGGGAAGGCAGGGUGCAAAUUCAAUAAGCGAUGGCAAUGCCGCAGGGCGUCCUGUGUGGGGCUGCCCUUGGAGGCUGUUCGGGCCGGGGUGGUUGCCUGGGCUUGAGGGUUGAUGGGAGUUGUAGUCCAGAACCAUCUGGAAGGUAGCCGGUUGAGGAAGGCUGACCCUGUUGCUUUUGUGCGUGUUGCCUGCGAGAAAAAGUUGUCGGCAAACGCUUCCUGUUGCCGCAGAGACUUUGCAAACGGUCCCUUGGAUAGCGCCAAGCCCAGCCUUCGAGAAGGAGGGGGCGCCGAAGACUUCCUAGGCCGGCGUUCUCCAGAUUCUCCCUGGCAAGGUUUAUUUUAUUUUAUUUUUUUCAGUUCAGUUCAGUUCAUUUUUAUUUAUAUUUUCAGUCGGCGCCGGUCAAGAGAUCCGCUUGCUUUCCUGCCGGGGAAGGGAUCAUGGAUGCUAUCCUCAGGUUGUAGCUGAGACCGGAGCAGGAUGCCCCCUGGGAUUGCUUGCCCCGUAGAAUUUUGGUCCAAAGAAGCGAACCAGAGCAUUCAAGUCGACUUCCUCUUACCCACUGGCAUUUACUUGACCCUCUCCAUUUCCUGCAAUGCAAGUCUUAACACCAUCAAACAGAUGGUCUGGCACCACGCUCAGUUUGAGCCCCUCUUCCACAUGCUCAGUGGCCCAGAGUCCUACGUCUUCACCUGUGUCAACCAGACAGCCGAGCAGCAGGAGUUGGAGGACGAGCAGCGGAGGCUCUGUGAUGUCCAACCCUUCCUGCCGGUCCUGCGGCUUGUGGCCCGUGAAGGCGACCGAGCUAAGAAGCUGAUCAACUCUCAGAUCAGCCUCCUCAUCGGCAAAGGCCUCCACGAGUUUGAUGCCUUGUCCGACCCAGAAGUGAAUGAUUUCCGCACCAAAAUGCACCAGUUCUGUGAGGAGAGAGUGACCAGGCGGCAGCAGCUGAGCUGGAAAGCCUGGAUGGAGUACAGCUUCCCGGUGCAACUGGAACCCUCGUCCAGCAGUCUCGGAAGAAAGAACCCCCUCCAAGUCCACAACAAGAACAUCUUUGUCAACGUCAAAUUCGAGUCUGGAGGGGAAAGUUUCACCUUCCAGAUCUCUCCCAAGGAAUUCCCCGUGACACUGAUGAGCUACGCUGUCAAGAAGCAAGCCACAAUUUUUCGGCACCAAAGAAUGAAUAGCCCGGAGGAAUACGCCCUGCAGGUUAACGGGAAAUGUGAAUAUCUAUACGGGAACUACCCUCUGUACCAGUUCCAGUACAUCCGUGACUGUUUGCACCGCGGCCUCCUGCCACAUCUCACAAUGGUGCACUCCACUUCCAUCAUGGCUCUGUGGGAAGAACAAACCAAUGGGAUCGCUCACCCCUCAAAAGCGUCCCCCAAACCUCCUCCUGUCCCCAAGAAAAAGCCCAACUCCAUCUCUCUGUGGUCACUUGAGCAGCCUUACUAUAUCGACUUGGUGCAGGGCAGUAAGGUGAAUGCUGAUGAACGGAUGAAGCUGGUGGUCCAGGCAGGCCUGUACCAUGGCCACGAGAUGCUCUGCAAGAUGGUGUCCAGCUCUGAAGUCAACGUCUGUUCAGAGCCCGUGUGGGGACAGAGGCUUGAAUUCGAGAUUAACGUCUGCGACCUACCUCGCAUGGCCCGGCUGUGCCUGGCGCUCUACGCCGUGGUGGAGAAAGCCAAAAAGGCAAGGUCUACCAAGAAGAAGUCAAAGAAAGCUGACUGCCCAAUUGCCUGGGUGAACAUCAUGCUGUUUGACUACCAAGACCAGUUGAAAACUGGAGAGUGCUGCCUGCCAAUGUGGUCAUCGUUUCCAGAUGAGAAAGGAGAGCUACUGAACCCAACGGGCACCGUCCGGACCAACCCCAAUAUGGAAAGUGCUGCAGCCUUGGUCAUCCGCUUCCCUGGCAUUUCGCUGUACCCGGUCUACUACCCAUCCUUUGAACAGAUCAUGGAGCAUGGAAGGAAUGGGCAGUGCCCCCGGUACAUGUCGGAGGAUCCAGAAGAGAAACAACAGCUGAAAGAGAUUCUGGAGCGCCGAUCUCACACCGAACUCUACGAGCACGAGAAAGACCUUGUGUGGAAGAUGAGGCAUCAGGUGCGGGACCAGUACCCAGGUGCCCUGGCGAAGCUGCUGGUUGUAACCAAAUGGAACAAGCACGAAGAUGUUGCUCAGAUGAUCCACUUGUUACAGUCUUGGCCGGAGCUGCCCGUUCUCAACGCCUUAGAGCUGCUGGAUUUCAACUUCCCUGAUCGCUACGUGGGUUCCUUCACAGUCAACUCGCUGAAAAAGUUGACAGAUGCCGAAUUGUUCCAGUACCUCCUCCAGCUGGUUCAAGUGUUGAAGUACGAAUCUUAUUUAGACUGCAAAUUGACCACGUUCCUGUUGGACAGGGCCUUAUCCAAUCGCAAAAUAGGGCACUUCCUGUUCUGGCACCUCAGAUCUGAAAUGCAUGUCCCGUCUGUGGCCUUAAGGUUUGGCCUGAUCCUGGAAGCUUAUUGCCGAGGGAGCACCCACCACAUGAAAUCUCUGAUGAGGCAGAGCGAAGCCCUCAACAAGAUGAAGACAUUGAAUGGCAUCGUCAAAUUAAGUGCCCUAAAGAACCCCAAGCCUCAAACUAAGGAGUUCAUGCACACCUGUUUGCGGCAAGAGACCUACCUGGAAGCUCUCUCCAACCUUCAGUCUCCCUUGAACCCCAGUGUCAUCCUGGCAAAAGUCAGUGUGGAGCUUUGCACUUUCAUGGACUCAAAGAUGAAGCCUCUGUGGAUUGUGUUUAACAAUGAAGAGAUAGGCGGCACCCGCAACGUGGGGAUCAUCUUCAAAAAUGGAGACGAUCUCCGUCAGGAUAUGUUAACCCUGCAGAUGAUCCAGCUGAUGGAUAUUCUGUGGAAGAAAGAAGGGCUAGAUCUCAGGAUGACUCCUUAUGGCUGCCUUUCCACGGGAGACAAGACAGGGCUGAUAGAAGUGGUCAUGGACUCAGACACGAUUGCCAACAUUCAGCUCAACAAGAGCAAUAUGGCGGCCACUGCCGCCUUCAACAAGGACGCCUUGUUGAACUGGCUGAAGUCCAAGAACCCAGGCGAUGCGCUGGACCGAGCCAUUGAGGAAUUCACACUCUCCUGCGCUGGAUACUGCGUGGCCACCUACGUGCUUGGCAUUGGAGACCGCCACAGUGACAACAUCAUGAUCCGAGAGAACGGCCAGCUGUUUCACAUUGAUUUUGGCCACUUCCUGGGAAAUUUCAAGACCAAGUUCGGGAUCAAUCGCGAACGGGUCCCUUUCAUCUUGACCUACGACUUUGUCCACGUGAUCCAGCAGGGCAAAACCAGCAACAGCGAGAAGUUUGAACGAUUCAGAGAGUACUGCGAAAGAGCCUACAUGAUCCUCCGAUGCCACGGCCUCCUCUUUCUACACCUGUUUGCACUGAUGAAAGCAGCGGGGCUGCCGGAGCUAAGCUGCUCCAAAGACAUCCAGUAUCUCAAGGACUCGUUGGCAUUAGGGAAGACUGAUGAAGAGGCAAGGAAACACUUCCAGCUCAAGUUUAACGAAGCCCUGCGGGAGAGCUGGAAAACCAAAGUCAACUGGCUGGCUCACAAUGUGUCCAAGGACAACAGGCAAUAGUUCUCUAAGCCUUUUUUAUCUACCUGCCAGGCGCACCGAGUUGUGCCCAACAUUGGGGGGGAGGGCAUCACAUCAUACACGUGACCAGCCCCCUCCCCUCAACAGGCUCCCACCAGAGCCUGGCUUUGGCCUGUGAGGGAGCUGCCAAGACAGCUUCCUUGGAGUGAAGAGUUGGUGGCAGAGAGCUGUGCCCCUCUCCACAACUGGGCUGCAACUUGUGAUGUUCACCCUCGCUGUAGGGCGGGGAGAUGGGGCCCAGCAGUGGCACCCCCUCUCAAUUUUUUUUUUUGGGGGGCUGAAGCCCCCAGCACCUGCCCAUCCUUUGAAAUGGACCCUCCAAGAAAAGGUUUCCUACUUCUUGGCUAUUUAUGCGACUGCUUGAGUCUCUUCUUGCUGGAAAGCUACUUCUCCUGCACAUCUUUGUUUAUGUGUGUGUUUGUGAGCCCAUUCAUGGAUUACAGGAGGUCCUUGUAUAGGCAUUCUGUAACUUCAAGAUUGCUUUGGCCUCUCAGUAGAGUGAGGACUGGGCCUUUGGGCAAAGCAGUUAGCAGCAUCCUUCCAGCACAUGCAUUUUAAAAGGAUGGCUUUGAAAGGGGUAUGUGUGGUUUUGCGUGUUGUGUAUUUUAUACUGAUAAAGCGUGUGCUAGAUAUACUUUACUUGUUCACUGGUUGAACAGAGAUAUUUGUAGUGUGAAAACCGCCAAAAUCGGAAGAGCUGGGCUCUCUAGGAGGAGGAUUUGAUGCCUUUCUUUUCUGGAUUCUUUUGUGUAACACAUGCACCCUCACCUCUAUAAAGAAAGAAAGAAAUGCUACAGGUGACAGUGUCUCCUGCAAUGCUUUACUUGCAUGGUUGUAGUAAAGAUCAAAACUCUUACACUUGUACUGGAUAGUCACUGUGCUAGGUAAUUUUUUUGUUUCACUUAUACUUAGCCAAUAACUGUAAAGAAAACAGCCUUGAGGUACUACGUACAAGCCAAUUCUGAACUGUUUUUUGUUCCUAUGUGGGGCCUUAAGCCAAAGAUUUGCAUUUAUAAAGGUUUACAUGUGAUUUCAGGUGCUUGGUUUGGGGACUGAAAUAUAGCUGUUUUUGUUAA